UUCUCUAUUCACCCUCAUACCGGCGCACGGCAGUCUCGCGGGUAUUACUGGCGAGCUCACACGCUCUGUUAAAAAAAGGCGGGAAGGAUCAGUUCAGUGCCCUACGAAUUAAGAAUUAAAGGAUUUAGAAGAAAAUUAUUAAAACAAAAUGUCCCCGAAAAGCAAAUCAACCGAGGAAGAAUGCGAGGCGGAAGCCCUGAAACCCUCCGAGGACCCAGAGAACAAGGAUGGGGGUGCUCUGGAAGCCAAGAUGUCACUUCUGAACGGCAUCACGGUGAUCGUCGGUUCUAUCAUCGGCAGCGGCAUCUUCGUGUCUCCGACAGGCGUGCUGAAGUACACCGGCUCUGUCAACGCCAGCCUGAUCGUGUGGGUUGCCUCUGGAGUGUUUAGUAUGGUGGGAGCCUACUGCUACGCGGAGCUCGGCACAAUGAUCCGAGUCAGCGGCGCGGACUAUGCGUACAUUAUGGAAACAUUCGGCCCCUUCGCCGCCUUCAUUCGGCUCUGGAUAGAAUGUAUGAUUGUCCGACCCUGUUCUCAGGCCAUCGUAGCCCUCACGUUCAGCACGUACGUCCUCAAGCCGAUGUUUCCAGAGUGCGACCCUCCCAACGAUGCCACCAGGCUGCUGGCUGCUUGCUGUAUAUUGCUGCUAACGUUCGUGAACUGCUGGUCGGUCCGCGCGGCGACCAGGGUCCAGGACUGGUUCACGUACGCCAAGCUGCUGGCGCUGUUCAUCAUCAUCGCAGCCGGGGCCUACCAGCUGUGUCUAGGAAAAACUGAACAUUUCACAUUCGAGGGGACAACGAAUGACGUCACUUCUAUAGCGCUCUCUUUCUAUUCAGGAUUGUUUGCUUAUAACGGAUGGAACUACCUAAACUUCAUCAUCGAGGAGCUGAAGGACCCGGUGCGCAAUCUCCCGCGCGCCAUCGCUAUCUCUUGCACCCUGGUCACCCUCGUCUAUACCUUCACCAACAUCGCGUUCUACACCACAUUAUCUCCUACUGAAGUGCUGGGGUCAGCAGCUGUAGCAGUGACGUUCGCAGAGCGGCUGUUCGGCUGGUUCGCGCUUUCAAUUCCACUGUUUGUCGCCGCCUCCACUUUUGGCGCUGUCAAUGGUGUACUGCUUACUUCUUCAAGGUUAUUUUACGCGGGAGCAGCUCAGGGCCAGAUGCCGGAGAUGUUGACGAUGGUGUCGGCGCGAGCGACGCCCGCGCUCGCAGUACUGGCCGUCGCCCUGCUCUCUCUUCUGUACCUCACGGUGUCUGAUAUCUACGCGCUUAUCAACUAUGUUGGCUUCGCUACUUGGCUAAGUAUCGGCGCAGCUGUAGUGUGUCUUCCUGUUUUGCGGUACACACAACCCAACUUAGAAAGGCCGAUCAAAGUCAACUUGUUCUUCCCUGUGAUAUACAUAAUCUGCACUAUCCUGGUGGUGGCGUUCCCGGCGGUGGCGUCUCCGUACGAGACGGGCGUGGGCUGCCUCAUGAUCCUGACCGCCGUGCCUGUGUACUUGCUCUUCAUAGAGCCCAGGACCCGGAUACGGGGGCUCAACUCCAUCACUAAUUCCACUACGCAUCUACUCCAAAAGUUAACUUUGUCCGUGCGUCCCAAAAUUAAAUAAUCGCCCAUAAAUGGAAACAACGUUACCGCUCACAUAUCCGACCAUCGUGGUUAGAAGUCAUCCUAGUAUUGAUAUAAAGAGCAUUUGUACGUGUAGAAUAGUGUAUAACUUUAUAACGAACAAAAAUAAAUGUUACCAAAAAUGUGUCAUUUAUCCAUAUGGGGGUCAAUUUUAUUUUUUUAAUAAAAUUCGAUAGUAAUGUACUUAUGGCUUGCUAGUAGUAGGUACCUAUUCAACUACUAUAGAGUAUAAAUAUCAAAAUUAUUAAUAUAACAAUGGGUACAUACAAAGAUAUGAUAUGAUAUGGGUAGAUAUGAGAUGACGACGAAGAAUGCUGUAAUAUUCUUGUCCUGGUAUAUCGUAGAUAGAUUAUCAAAAUGAAUAAAAUAGACCCCCUUCGUUGACAUCUGUGUUAUAGCUAUCCUAUGACAUAAUACUACAUAGUAAUGUAGAAAGUUUUGUAUAUUUGCGUAUUUAUAUAUACAUAUAAGUGUUGUUGACUGUUUACGUAAGUGUGAUGUCAAUCUAUGCAAGUUGACCGUGUUGUUUAACUUAGCAAAUAACCACGGCUACGAUAAUGGAUCUAUUUAUAUCUAAAAGUAAACGUUUCCGAGUGAAAUAUUUACCCAAUUAAUCGUUGAUGUCUUAAGAAAUUGAAAUGUUGUUAACAACGAAAUAAUGGUUACGAUGAAUGUUGCUUGCCAUUUCAAAUUUCUGAUUCUCAAAGCAAACACAUUUUCUUACCAUAGUAAUAUUAUUCACUCAUUACAAAAAGUUAAUCUUUUCACUUGGGGGAUAAAGCAUUUAAGUUUGGGAAUCACUGAUUUGACAAAACAUGUUUGUAUUUAGACCAUGUUUGUUUCUAAGAAGAAAAAUACAAAAAAAUAUUCUCGUAAAUUAAAAUAAAACUAUGUAAUAUCAAUAAAUUAUAAAAUCCAUGUGUUCUGGUCAUUGUAGCAGGUAUAAGAUAUGAGAAUCAUAGCUUUGUUAUAAGUGUAAUAUCACACGAUGUCUAUGAACUUACCUAAAUACCACUCUUUAAAAGCUCAAAGCGCAUUUAGCCUUAGUUUUAUUUAUUUAGUUUUUAUAUUUAAGCGACUUUAUAGUCAAGCUUUAUAAGCUACGUAGUAAUACAAUUAUUUUAGUCUGUUUUAUUGCAUAUUCUACUCAUUCUCAUACAUAUUUAUGUACGUCUCUGCUGGAAUGAGAGAUGAGAAAAAUCGUAGAAUAAGGUCAGCUGUUUUAAAAGAUACUUUACUAGAGUCCUGUUUAUAUGGGCGUCUGUUGUAGCUUAAUGCUGUCUAGUAGUUUAUUUUAUAUUUUCUUAAUUUUGCAGCUUAUUGGGAACAGUACAUAUUGCUAACUAGUUUGCGCAUACCUAUCUGUAGUACCAAUCUUAAAUAACUGUAUUGAACCUAGAAAGGUGUAUUAUUAUGAAAAUUUAAAUGAAAGAUGACAAUACAUAGCUUUCUAUUGUAGCUUUUCUAUUUGAAAGUUGUCACUUAAUAAGGUGCUACAGAGAGCCUAGAUGCAUUUAGUUACAUUUUAAACUUUUUUUGGUAAUUCACUUAUUUUAGAUACAUUUAUAGAGUUAAUUACGCACAUAAUAAUGCGCCGUUGACUGUGGAAUUCCGUUAGUGUCAACAUACACAAUGAUUUCACGUGAUUUUUAUUUUUUUAAGAUUAUGUACUAUGAUUUAAUUUUAAGGUAAUGAAAUCGUUCAUCGGGCUGUGGGAAUUCUGUUGUACAUUCCAAAGAAUAUUUUAAUAUAAGUACAAAAAAAAAAAUGAAAUAGCACUUAUAAUAUUUCAUGACAUAUGAAAAAAAAAUAGGUAAUCAUUUUAUAGCUUAUUCAUUAUAAUCAAAUAGGCAGCGCCCAAUACUCAAUUAUUUUUUAGAUAAGCGUAUGUGAAUAGUGUGUUUUAUAAGAAUUUAGGCAUUUAGCAUUUUAUUUUUGUAUAUAAAGAACUUUUUGAUCAUACGAAAACAUUCCAUUCGAAUUUUACGUUUUGUUUUAUAUAAAAUUAUUAUAAAUAGUUUUUUUAAGCUAUUCGUAAUUAAUUAUUGUAUCAAUAUCCAACCGUAUAGAUAUGCAAUAUUUUUUUUUAAGAUUUAAGUACGUCUAAGAUAUACUUAUAAUUAAAAAAUCUAUGUGUGUAUCGAUCGACGGAUAUUUUGUUAUUUUUUUCCCGUUUUAGUAAUCAAAAGAAAAAUAGUGUUAAGAAAAAAUACAUGUGACGAUGUUAUAUGUGUCAAUGUUUGUUACGCGCUGUAUUGCGAUGUCUACGGACACAAUAUGACAAUAAUAAAUUAAUAAGAAAACA